AGUAUGUUUUUUGAUAUACCGAUAUACUCUCUUCAGUAAUUUUAAUCAGACGGUCGCCAUGUCAUAACAUCACAAAUUAUGUGAGAAGAAAGAUACAAAUAAUCUUAUUUUGCAUACUUAAAUACGUUGUAAUGGACCUUAAAGUGACGUGGAUAGUUAUCAACUUGUACAGUCCUAAAAAUUAGAUUCUGAAAAACAUUAAUGGAUUUUAAUCAUGUUUGUCGGCGACUAUGUUUUGAUUUGUAAAUCUGAUUGUACUUGUAUAAAUUGCAUGAAUAAAAAGUAAUUCCCCUUUGAUAUCAAGAGUGAAUCACGAUUUGAUCAUUACAUUUGUGGAACUGUAAGAGGUGAAAUGUUUCGCUAUCUACUGAUAAUAUUUUUUAUGGUUCAUCAUAUUUCUUGUCAAGAUGAACAUUUAUUCACAUCAAAUAUAUUACCCAGAAACAACAAUUCAAAUUAUCUGGAUUUUCAAGGCCAUACCUAUUUUUUCAACACUGAAUAUGAGACGAAUCUAUAUGAAUCGAUACGAUAUUGUAAGCAGCUCAAAAUGGAGCUGGUUAGCAUCGAAAGUGCGUCUGAAAAUGAUAGACUAGGACUGUACAUAAUAGAGCGAGGAUUACAAUCUCGAAGAUUUUGGACGUCAGCGGUAAAUAUGGUUGAUGGCGGUAAAUGGGUCUGGCUAUCGACUGGUGAAUAUAUUAAAUACUUCAAUUGGGAUGCAGGUGAACCAACUGGUACUAUUCCACUAGUAUCUAGCUAUGAAAAUUGCAUCCAAGUUCGCCAUGAAGGAAACAGAGGAUUUACAUGGAAUGAUCUGAAUUGUGGAAAGAAAAAUUUUGCUAUCUGUGAGAAACCAUCCAAAUGUACUUGUUCCACAGUGAGGGGUGUUUAAGUUUUGGUGCUUUGGAUCAAUAGUUAACUUUACAUAAAUCAAUUUUCUCUUAUUCUAUGUUUGUUUACUCAUAAAUAUGCCUAUUCGUUAUUGUAGUUAUGAAAUUAAUUUUCCCAAAUAUUUAUAUCUAGUGGUCAAAAUGGUGUCAGACCUCCGAAUUCUUUAAUGUAGCUCCGAUUUUCCUGAAAAUUUAGAAUUAAUCUCAUCUUAUCCUCUAUAUCAAGAUCUAUAUGGUCGCAAGAUGUACAAAUUGCUUUAAAGAGGUAAAAAUCUCCCCGCAUCGAAAAAUACCAAUAUUAUAGUUUUUCCUACUUUUUUUCAAUUCAAAUGUUCUUCGUUUAUGCAGCAUAGAUAUCUUGACAUAUUGUAUAAUAGAAAAUUUAUAUAUUUUGAGGUAUAAACCCUUAAAAAUCUUUAAAAAAUAUCCUCCUGAUGGAAAUAAAAUAUUUCAAUCUUUUAUCGGUUUAAAACAUUGCAAUUUCAUUUUUGCUGUGAAAAAUUCAUAGCAUUUUAAUAAAAUUCAUUUGGCUAUUAAUUUUCAUUACUCAACCCACACAAACUACCCCUUUGCAGAGAAAGAAAUAAAAACUAAUCUAAUGACUGCCGACUUUUAGAUUUUGCAUUCUUUUUGUAUUAAAGUUUCUUGUCUCCACUUAAAGUAACUUUUAAAUGUCUAUACCCUGUUAACCCUCAAGAGCCACCUCUUUGAUAAAAAAUAAAAAAAUUUUUGUAAUGACUAUGAAUGUUUUGGUUUGAAUUCAUUCGGUAUUCAAGUGUAUUUUCCAAACACGAAGUGAUUUUUCAUUCUCGACAUCCUGACACCCUUUUACCAACAAUACAAUAAAAAAGUUGUGCUCAAUGACAUUCAAUGUUUUGAUUAUACAUUUUUCAUGAAUGAAAAUUCAUUUUCUGCCGCAAAUAAAAAUAAAAUUGAUGAAAAAUAAUUAAAACAAAGAAAAUCUCGUAUAUAUAUAUAUAUAUAUAUAUAUAUAUAUAUAUAUAUAUAUAUAUAUAUAUAUAUAUAUAUAUAUAUAGAUUAUAAGUAUAUCAUCUCUGGGUACUCUCAAAUUUAUAACUCCAUUAAUUUUGAAGCUAUCACAUAGUACAGAAAACCAUUUUAAAGGUAAUAUUUAAGGCUUUUGUAUACUAUAAAAAAAAUGUAAAAUUAUUAUCAUGAAACAUUUUUUAAUUUGACUGUUUAUUUAUUUUUGUAUUUCUUAUAGUUAUGGAGAAGAAAUGUGCAAAAAAUUUUUUUAAACAUCCAAAAAAAAGUAUUAUUUAUUGCUCACUUUUUCCAAACUUAAGCAUUUCUAAUCAGCCAAACUUUUAGAUGUCGUAAAUAACAUCCAAAUAAAGUAUUUGGUACAGGGAAUAAGUUUAAUUCUGAUUUUCAAUGAAAUGGCAUUAGUUUAAGUGCAAUUUUUUUAGCUUUAACUAUUUUACAUCGUAUCUCACUGAAAUUUCAGUCGAAACAACUUUUAUCAGAGGUGAUUUGAAAGGUCGUCUUUUUAAGCUCUUUAAAAAGUAUUCCAUGACUCUUUGUUAAAAAAUGUACCAUUUUCCCGUUUGAGGUUAAAUGCUCAAUUACAUUAAACAAAAACUAUUCUUGCUUUUCUUAUUUCUUAAGAUCUCAAAAUAUAACUUAAUUUCUUUGUUCAUAGCACUUUUUUUUGUUAAAAUACAUCAUUACAGAGUUAUACGUAAAAAACUAUUGAAAAAUACAGUUUUUUGACGAAAAAUUGUACUUUUCAAUAACUCAAAAACUAUUGAUCUAGCGAAAAAAACUUGGCAUUUUUCACUUUAAAUUUUCUGAUCGUUCUAUUUCUGGGGUUAUUUUGGGUGAAAAAUUCUCCACCCUCGAAAAGGGGUAGCAUCCCCCCCUUCCAUGUGGAUCUCGCUUUUUGGAUAGACACCUAUCAUCUGUCAAAAUUUCAAAUAAAUCGGUGCUGCGUUAAAGAAUUCGGAGGGGAAAUGCUUGAAUGCCUGACCUAAUCUAACCAUCUUUUUGUGAUGUUUACAAUCCUUUUACCUUCUACUCUUGCUUCACAGAUUUUCUAUGUGAAUCUUCCCUCUUUUUUUCGAGGCACUGUUUUUGUUUUAUUUUCAUAACGUUCACAAAGUUAUGAUGUACAGAGUGUCAAACAUAAGGUUACCCAUAUACUCCAACUCUCUCUAAACCUGUAAGAGUUAUAAAAAAACUUUAAUCACAAAGGUUCUUCGUAUUUAGAGGAAUUUUUAGAUUAUUGACUUUUCGAUUAUACAGGGUUUCUCAAUCGUUCAGUAUCGACAUCAAUUUUAGAAUUUCAAAUAGAACAUUCUAUAUUUUAUUAUGUUUUUUGUUUUAGUGGUAAAAACAAAGGUAACUUUCAUAAGACCGAUCUAUUUGAUUUCCACAUGACUUAUGAAAUAUUUGAAGUUAUUUGAAUUUUUAUUGAAAAAUCAUAUUUCGAAAAAUUCCACAAAAUAAAAAGAGGCUAGCCUGGCAUCAUUUGCAAAAUGAAUUUUUAAGCACUAGACUAAGUUUAUUGAUUUUUGAGUCUAGAAUCUCUAUGGGUGUCUUUGUUCACUGUAUGAGUUUUUAAUUUUGUAAAUAACAAAUUUCAUUUUCUUAAAUGACAUACCCUGUAUAUUAUACCUUCAAUAAAAAGCGCAAAAAAAUAAGAAUGCCAGCUAGCACAUUUUUAUUUAGCGGAAUCAGUCAAUAAUCUAAAAACUCCUCUAAAUAGGAAGAACUUUUUUAAUCAAAGUUUUUUAUAACUCUUACAGGUUUGGAGAAAAGUAUAUGGGUCAUAUUAUGUUUGACACCCUGUACUUCGAAUGUAUGAGAUUUUAUCGGAAGAAUAUUCAGGUUUGACUAACCAUCCAUUUCAUAUUUCUACGCAUUGUAUGAUUCAACAAUAUCUGCAGCUAUUCCAUUAAGAGUACGGUGAUUACUACCACUUAGUUAUCUACAUAAUCCUACAAAAAAAACACCUGUGGGCAUCUCUAUAUGAAGCACGUCGUCGUAAUUGAGUCGAGGCCACCACUGGUGUAAUCCACUUCUUUCUUGCUCCGUCACGUGUGGAAGUGCUUUGAAGGUAAAUAAGGCUCUUAUACAAUGCCAAACCACAUGCUGCGAAAGUUCCAGAAUAAGAUGAGGAACUUGCUUUUAUUAAACUCCAACCACAUCCAGCAUUUGGUACGGAUUUUGCAUCGUUAGACUACUAUUUAUUCAGAUCCAUGUUGAAAUACCUGCGUGGGAAAAAAAAUUAAAAUAAUAAAUAAAGGAGAUGUUGAAAGUGUAGUGUAAGCCCAAAAAAUUAUUUUACCAAGGUCUCAAAGGGCUAGCUGAACCUUGGGUGAAAACCUUGGAAUAACAUAGGCUAUAAUUCGAAUAAUAAGGUUUCAAUUCUGUACGAUUAUUUAAUAAAAAAGUAAAACUCCA